AUCUGUCUCUAUAGCUGAGAAGCUCUUCAAAGACUUUAACACAAUUCACAAAGCAGUGACUACUCAAAAAUGAUUGAAACAAAGAUAAUCAAAAGAGAGGCUUUUCCGAUUGAUCAUUCUCAACAAAAGGAGAAAGGACUAAAAUCACGAAGACCCGAAUGCAUAUACACUCAUAUACCCGAUAAAGUCUCCGCCAGCGAUAGAAUCUGAUUACACGAGAUGAUGAUGUUGAUCGAUGAGGAGUAGAUAGAGAGAGAGAGUAUGAAAGCUUGAGUCGCCAACAUACUCUGUUUCGCUUACUCUGUUUUUGUAAAGUCUUUAAACUUAAAAUUAAAAUUCCAAACAUCAUUUUCAUCGAAAAUGGCUUCUUCACUCGUCAGGAGCAUCUCUCGUUCCCUUAGAACCGUAACCGCCGCCCGGUUAAUGAGCAACGUACCGGAGAAUACCGUAUACGGAGGACCCAAACCGCAAAACCCGAACCAGAGAGUGACUCUGACUCAGCUGCGGCAGAAACAUAAGAAAUGCGAGGCGAUAACCGUCGUCACCGCUUACGACUACCCUUCCGCCGUUCACGUCGAUACAGCCGGAAUCGAUGUUUGCCUCGUCGGAGGCUCAGCUUCAAUGGUUGUCCAUGGCCACGACACCACUCUUCCCAUCUCCUUAGACGAGAUGCUCGUUCACUGCCGCGCCGUUGCUCGUGGUGCCGAAAGGCCGCUUCUUGUCGGUGAUUUGCCCUUUGGUUCAUACGAGUCCAGCACCGACCGAGCGGUUGAUAGUGCAGUUAGAGUGUUGAAAGAAGGAGGCAUGGAUGCUAUUAAACUCGAAGGAGGGCCACCGUCACGGAUCACUGCUGCUAGAUCCGUUGUGGAAGCAGGGAUUGCGGUUAUGGGACAUGUUGGUUUGACUCCUCAAGCUAUUAGCGUUCUUGGUGGGUUCAGGCCACAAGGGAGGAACAUAGCUAGUGCUGUUAAGGUUGUGGAAACUGCAAUGGCUUUACAAGAAGCUGGAUGCUUUUCGGUUGUUUUAGAAUGUGUUCCACCUCCUGUGGAUGCUGCUGCAACCUCUGCUCUUCAUAUUCCCACCAUUGGCAUUGGAGCUGGCCCUUUCUGCAGUGGACAGGUUUUAGUCUACCAUGACCUUCUGGGAAUGAUGCAGCAUCCACAUCAUGCUAAGGUUACUCCAAAGUUUUGCAAGCAGUACGCUCAAGUAGGAGAAGUGAUCAACAAAGCACUCCUGGAGUAUAAGGAAGAAGUAUCCAAACACUCGUUUCCAGGUCCUUCUCACAGCCCUUACAAGAUCUCCUCCAACGAUCUGGACGGAUUCUUAAGCGAGUUACAGAAACUGGGGUUAGAUGAGGCUGCUUCUGCUGCGGCAGCAUCAGCUGAGAAGAUGGAGUCUUCAGCUUCACUCUCUUCUCAGUGACAAAGCUGUAGAAAUUCUCUUCAUCAUGAAUAGACAGACAUGGUUUGAAGAAAUAAAAGUCCUAUAUAAUAAGAGGGUUGAUAGGAGUUUUUCUGGACAAAAAUUUGAUGUGAUCCAUAAGAGUUAUUUCAGAGUUGUUCAGUUCAGGGUAUUAUCAACUCUUUAGCAAAACUAAGUGAUAGUUUUAUGAAUAACAUAAAGAUUUGUCCUCA